AAGUACACAAAAGAAAAGUGAAUUAAUUAGGUCCUUAAUUAUUAAUACUUAAUGAAUACUGAAUGCCAUAGCCACAUAAUCAUAAUCAUUUUUUUAAAUUUUAAUAAUAAUAAUGCCUCGUUUGAGUAGAGAGGCUGAGCCUGACACUGACAGCCUGAGACAGAGAGGACUAAAAAUUAAAAAUAAUAUAAAAUAUAAUUAGUAGUAGUAGACCCAGGGCAGGUGCUACUGACUUAGUUAAUUUAUUACUGCUAAUAAUACUAAUAAUGUGGACGUGGAACUUAUACUACUCAAAGUAAAAGUAAAAGCUAUUUCUUUGUAUUAGUAUUAGUAUUUAAGUAACUUAGACUAGUACUAAUUACUACGUCGUAGUUAGUUAUGUUAGUGACUACUCAUUUUCUACAAUUCAAGUAGGCCUACUUGGACUUACCUAAAACUAAAAACUACUAGACUGUCUAAGACAUUAAUUAAUUCACUUGUAGACUUGUAGUACAGUUCAGUAAAUUAAAAUGAACUAUACUAUGACUAUGACUACAGACUAUGAGUGUAUAAGUAUAAGUUUAUGCUGUAGCCUGUAUAGAUAUAAUAUAAUAAAUUACUGGUUAAUUACUGCCAGUGGUUAGUAUUAGUUUAGUAUUAUAUUUAAUAUUAUUAUUUAAUUAAAUUAUAAUUCAACACUUACUAUUACUGCAUGAGAUGAAAGGUGACAAUUUUUUUUCAAACUGAAAACCAGGAUAUUUUAAAAUUUUCACAUUUAAAACCAGGACAUUUGAAAUAUUUUUGCAUCUAAAAACCCCCACAACAAUUGACAAUAGUAAUAGUGCUUAAUUAUUUGGAAUUAUUACUGAUCUGAUUAGGCCUACAUGCUCAUGUCAUGGAGAGUAUACCUUCUGUCUGGUGUCAGAGGCCUUCUUUUGAAAAAAUAUAUUAUUUUGAAGCUUAUUUUGAUUAAUUUUUGUUCUUUUAGUUGCAUCAUUUAUUAUGCCUGGACAUAAGAUAGAGUGUACGCAAUGUUUUGAUAAUUUAAAUUGUUUUAAUACAUUUUUUUUGUUGUGUCCAAAACUGUACUGGUUUCAGCAAAAAAAACAACCUCAGGACAAUGAAUGGUCCAAAACCAUUAAUGUCCUGCUAAAAUCAGUAAAAAUGGUCACUGUAUAUUAUUAUUCUUAUGUUUUAGCCUGUGUAGGCACUUGUGUAGGCCAAUUUUAGGCCAUUGUUAGGCAAAAUUUUUGAACUAAUGUAAUAAAAUCAUGAUAAUAACCUACAUUGAUAUCCAUUCAAUAUGCAGGAUAAUGUUAUUAAAAUUGGUACAUUUACAAAAUUGUUAUAAUUAUAAGUGUAUAAGUUAAUAUAAGUCAUCAAAGUAUUCAUAGGCCUAUAUAUCAAUUAUUAAUUAUUACACUUUAGUCCCAUUAAUUAUAAAUUAUUUUCUACCUUUUAGUUGUAGUGCGUUUUUUUGUGUAUUAUUUUUAAGUCCUGAGAUGGUUCCGCUCGUAUCUGACAAAUCUGGUCCAAUCAGUUAUCGUAAACGGCUUAAUCUCGAGGCAAUCUAUUAUCGAAUUCAGAGUACCCCCGUUGCUUUUCACUAUGUACGUUCAGCCCCUGGUUCAGUGAUCAAGCAGUUUGACAUGCUAUAUCACAUGUUUGCAGAUGAUAUUCAACUUCAGCAAUCCGUGAUCCCCUUUCAGUUCCCUAAGCUUCUUAGUAUGAUGCAGAAGACUGAGGAGUCAGUUAAGCACUGGAUGGCAAUGAACGAUGAAAAAACCGAGCUGAUCCCCAUUGCUACUGCUCAAAAGCUAAAAUCUGUAAAUAACGCACAAUCCCUUACUCUCUCAGGUGUGCAGAUUGAUUUUGCUCAAACAGUGCGAAAUGUUGGUGUCUACUUAGACAGAACACUAACUAUGGAAAAUCUUAUUAACAUGCUUUGCAAGGCGAUUUUUCUAGAGCUGCGCAGAAUUAGUCAUAUCAGACCUUUCUUAACGUUUGAAAGAGACUGAUGUCUGCAUUCGUGCUAUGGUGCAUGGACUACUGCAAUGCUCUCAUGGUGGGUCUUCCUGGAUGAAAUACAAAAAGCGCACAAUAAUGCGGCUCGCAUUGUUCUUCGCAAACGCAAAUUUGACCAUGCUAAAACACUUCUGAGAGAGCUGCAUUGGCUGCCGGUCCGUUGCUCGCAUAGCGUAAAAAAUUGCAACUCUGUGCUACCGCUGCUUGCAUGACCUGGCGCCAUCCUAUCUCAAAGCGCUCAUGACACCUUAUGUAUCCAGUAGACAACUCCACUCAUCCGAGAGAGGCAAACUCUUGAUACAGCGUGUUCACCAUGAGACUUACGGAAGGCACACUUUCUGGCCCAACAAUUUGGAAUACCCUUCCUGUCGCUCUCAGAAACAGCCAGACACUGGAAUCCUUUAAAACCGAUUUGAAAACAUAUCUAUUUCGCAAACAUCUGCUGGGGUGAUGUUGUCUACCAUUUUUUCCAGCUAGCUAUCAUCUCCUAGAUGUAUAUUGGCUUGUGUUUUUUAUAGUUGAACGGGAUGAAAGACUUUUAACGGGUAUGCUCGUUUGUAGUUUUUGUAGUGUUGCGUUUUGUGUUUUAAUGUGGUAAAAUAUAGAUUGUUUCAUUUCUUUUUUAAUAUGACUGACUUUGUACCUCGCUUCGAGCCUUUGGGGAUGAAGCGUGAUUUUUAAAACAUAAACUUUAUUAUUAUUAUUAUUUGCUGUCUUACAGUUCUAUUUAUAACAUUCAUUAUAAAUUUUAUUAAUUGUAAUUCAAUGAAUCUAAAUGAUCAAAUCAAUUAUUAUUUAUACCACUAAUCCAGUUUUGCAAUAAAAAUUAUAAAAAUAAAUUACUAGUCUAACAUUUAAAAUUUAGCAUUAGCCUAACAAACUUAAUAACUUUAUUUAUAAUGUGUGAAUUUUUUUUAUUAAUUUAAUUAAAAUAAUUAUACUCUAUUUUUAAUCCUUAGAUAUUAAGUCCUCCAAGAUUUUUUUGAUGAUAAAUUAAAUUUAGUAUAUUUUUAAAGGGGACAAAAUUUCAUCAAUUACUUUUGCAAGUGUUAUUUCCUGGUGAGAAGAAAUCAUUGUCAUAGUGUCUUUGAACAUUUUUUUAUGUCUGUACAUAUGGCCGUGAUUUAGCACCUACUGGGACAAAGAUACUGAGGGACUUUUAUUGGGGGAGGGGGAUAAACUUAUCUCAAAUUUUUGUAUUAUAAUAUAAUUUAUAUAAAUUUUAAUUUGCAAAAAGAAUCUAGCCACCACCUUCAUCUUUCAUGAAGGUCUUUCUAGCUUAAUCUGAUAAGAACCAUUAAGAGAGUUGAUUUCACUGAACUAUGUUGUAUCAAAUACAAUUUAUUUUUACUAUGAAAACAUAUGUAAUCUCAUCAAAUAAUCAGAUACAUGUUUUUUCAUCUCAUGUUAUGUUCUCAACCACUUUUUCUCUCCAUCAGUUAAACGAAAAACCUCCUUUCUUUUGUUUUUCCAUCUCUGGCUUUUUAACCUUAAAAUAUUUUGUUUAAACUUUGAAUAAUUAUGAUCUGGUUUUUUAGUUAUAUAUAUAGGAAAUGGUGUGAGUAAAUUAUGGGAUUUAAUUGUAUGACGUUACCUGGUAUAUAAAAAAAAAAAAUCAACAGAUUUUUGUUGAUUAUGCUGAAUGUGCAGAUAACACGUACAUCAGUAUAUACAUGUUUCAUGUUUUGAUUUGUGACUAAAAUGAAUUGUUUGACAGCCUAAGGGAGACAAUUUGUUGAGUGUCUAUGUACAAAGAAUUCAUGCUGGAAAAGAUAAUACUUGAAGUUCCAAUUACAAGAUUACAAUUCUAUGUCAAUAAUACUCUUUGGCAUUCAUGGUAGCUUUUUUGUGUUACAUUGUUUUAAACUUCAUUUCAAAGCAUGUCUAACACUGUGAAUAAAAUAUGUGCAUAGGAGGUUAAGAGAGUAUAUCAAUAUUAUUUUACUGCUUAAACAACAUAAAUUUAUGCAAAUUUUACCGGUAGUAAAGAAAAUGCUUUGAACUAACAGUGUGGAGUCUUAGUGAGAUUUGCUAAAUUUUAUUUUGACAUUUUGAUCCAGUUUGCUGAUUCCCAAUGAAUUUUCAACAAUGAUAAAAGUUUGUGAGUUGGAUGGAGGUUGAACGUGUUCCUUUCAACGUCUCGCUGCCACUUCUGGGUGUGGGGGCUUUCACUCUUUUGCUCAGUUUCUGCUUCUGCUGCUAUCUAUGGAGGUAAGACAAUUUAAAGGCACGCAGUUGCAGAAAAAGACAUUUAAAAAAAUCAGUUUAAUCUCAUAAAAUCUCAUUAAUAAAUUUAAAAAAUAUAUUUAUUUCUCUCGUAUUCAUUCCAUUUUUUUAAAUUAAAAAAAAUGAUCAGAACUUACCACGAUAUAUUAAAAUAACAUUAAAAAAAUUACUUGCUUUUGUUUAUCAUAAUUUUAAUUGUACUAAUAAUUGGAACUUACCAUAUUUUGUUACAAGCUUUUGAUUAGAAUAAUUGCUAUAUUUCUUUUCGGUAACUUUUGAACUUUGUUGCAAUUAUUUUGUUCUGUAUCUAGAAUUAAAUUCAUUAUUUGUACAAUGUGGGUGAACUAAAAUUUAAAGUCUGAAAUAUAAGAUCGUUUGUCAAUUAUUUUCUAAUCAGAUUAAAGAAGAAUGGUCAGCGUGAUGAACAAGGUUAUGUUACAGUGAGUUGUUUUAAAUAUGCCUUGCUUGAGACUUCCAUCAUUAAGUUUAACUUACAGAAAGUGAGAAUACUGUAAUUAAAAUAAACGCAUUACUUUAUAGCGGAAUAUUAAAUAAUGCUUCAUUGAUGGUUGAAAUAUAUUAGAGAAAAUUCCCUUUCUUUCUGCAGAGGAAGUUUACUGUAAAGGAUAAACGGCAACAAAAUGAUGUGAGUUGUUUAUGACUGUAUCACACUUGUUUAGUUGUAUUUAAACAAAAUAAUUUUUUUGUAGUUAUGUUUACUUGAGGCGGUAUAGUUAUAGGGAUGUCUCAAUAGUUGGUUAGGUGUACAAGUAUUGUGAUUACAGCUAUAGGGUUUGUCAUUUCUUAGACCGGAAAACGUCAUGGCGUUACUAUUUUUAGAACGUCGGACAAAUAUUUCUUAAAACAUGGCAGCUAUAAGUGUGUUUCAGCAUAUCGUUCGGAAGAUCCUUGUAGCUAGAGUCCCUGUUACAUGUGCCGUAUGCUCAAUGAAGACCCAUUUCACAAAAAAGCAGUAAAAAAUGAGUAAAAAUAUUUAGUAAAAUAUAGUUGUAAACAAGUUUUGAUUUAGGUUAAGGGCCUCUUCGCUAAAAUAGUAGUACUGAGUUGACAUUUUGUCUGACCUGAGUACCUGGAUGAUUACAGCGGUUCUAUUAAUAGAUUUCCGCCAUUAAAUGACAAUCCCUAUUGCUCAUUGAUUAGAGACAUGGAUUGAAUUGUAGGAUUCUGAAUUAUAAUAAAAAUUACACAUUGAAGGGGGCGUUACAAGACUGUGCUUUUAUCACAUUACUAUAGGGGUAAUCUGCAACUCCUCUGGUCAGGAGAAACUUAAGGAAACUUGCUUUUUUAGUGAGUAAUAAGAGGAUAUACUUUCUUGGUCUGAAACUUUGAAGCAGCUGGCGUCACUGUCUGCUAUUUACUUCUGGAAUAGAGUUUAUUUGAUGCUAAUUAUAAUGUAAACAUUAUUAAUUAAACAAGUUAAGGUACAAAGCAACUUGAAAUAAUUAAAUAAAAUGAGCAAAUUUGAGACUUGAUUUUUUUUUUUUUACAGAUUUGUCCAGUAUGUCUUGAAGAGUUCACUCCAGGGGAGAAAAUAGCUGUCUGUGCAUGUCGACAUGGAUUCCAUUCCAAGUAAAUAUCAUCCUUUUUUAGAUUUUGUACUGUAUUUCAAAAAGGAGUUUUUUAAGAAAUGAUUUUUAAAAAAAUGUCAGCCAUGAAAUUUGGACAAAUAAUUUUUGAAUGGGAAAUAUCAUUCAGAAAUUUAAUAUAACUCAAAAUAUAGAUAUAACAGUAAGUCAGAGAAGUCAGAGUCAUGGCUUAUAAAAAUAGUGUAUAAAAUUUACUACUAGAUUUUCCUUUAAAUUUACUGAUUACUUACCAAUCAAUAACUUGUGGCUGUCAAUAAACUUUUAAACAGCAGAACAUUUGUAAAAAGCUAUAUUAAAUAAUUCUAUAUUGCAUUAAUCCAUAACAAUAGUGUCUCACCAUCUUUUCUCCAGGUGCUUACUUCAGUGGCUAGAGCAUAAGAACAAUUGCCCCAUGUGCAAGGCACCAGUUCGUAACCCUGUUGGGGAAACCACUGGCUUGAUUCGGCCUACAUCACUAUCAUCAGUUUGAUUUUAAUUGUUACCACCAAGACACACUGUGUACCGUACUCAAUUUAUCAAUAGUCAUUAUGCAAUGCCUAAAUUAAAUUUGUUAAGAUUGCUUCUAUUCCAAUUUUUUUAAAUUCCUGCUUUCUCUUAUGGUAAAUGAAGAUAAUUGUUUUGUCAUUUUUAUUUUAACAUUAGCUGUGUAAGAAGUCUUUGUACCCUUGCUUUGGUGGACUGGAACACCAUAAAACAAAAAAACAAAAAAAGAAAUUUAAAAUACUUUCUAAUUUUUACAGCCAGAAGUUAAUAUUUUAAACUACAAUCCCCUCCUCUUUAUGAAAGAAGGAUGAUAUAGCAACGGGAUGCAAAGAUCAAAACAAAUAACUUGGUUAAGAUGCUGUCAUGGUAGUUCUGGUCUACAGAACUCAAAUGAUGGCAUCCCCUAUGUAUAUAUAAUCUAUAGGCUACCCAGAGGGGAAAAAAAGGUACAGGGUGUCAAACAUAAAUAGAGUCCCUACUUGCACAGAAUUGUACUUGAAGGGUUCUAAGCACACGAAUUUGAAUGAGUUAAAUAUUGGGUAUGUCUAUGGGGUAGCUCGCCCUCCCACUUUUUUCACUUCAGAGUAGCUCCCAAAUCCUGCCUGUUGUUUCUAAACUAGAUUCCAGUAAGUAGAGUUGGGCUAAUUAAAUCAAACCCAAUAAUAUUUUUUAAAAGUUGUAUACUUAUAAAUCUGAAGUUUCUUUCCUUUCAAUUCAUGGUAUCAUAAAUCAAAUCAGAUGUUUUACAUAGCCUAGCCCAGUGUUUCCCAAACUUUAAGUUUUGGCAAACCGAUGGCUUGCAGACUGGUGCCAGUCAGCUACCACCAUUUUGGGAAGCACUGGCUGCUUCCAAUGAGACAAAAGCAAUUCAACCUCAAUAGAGGUCGUACCCCAUGGUUACAGCACUGAGUACAUAUUAGUAUUAGUUAGAGUGAAUGAAAAUAAUUCUACUUCCUAAAAAAACAUUAGAGAACUUUUAAAACUCCAUGACGUUUAAGUACUAAUAUUUUUAUUCAACACACUUGCUCCAGUCUUAAAGAUAUUUGCACAUUUAAGAAAAUUUAUAUUGAUUUUAAAUCAUGAUGUCUUCUGCUAAUGGUAUGUGAUGAUUGUUUAUUAUAGUUUAACAUUUUAUAACAGUAGGAUAUGAAUUGUCUAUAAUCCAAAAAUUUUCUAAAUCUUAAAAAGAAACAUAACUGUUCUCUUACUUUUUUAAAUCUAAUGCAGUGGUUCUCAACCUUCCUAAUUCCACACCCCUUUAAUACAGUUUUUUAUUUUUGGCUUCUUCAUAAAUACGUAUUUUACGAUGGUUUAAGACAACACGUGUGAAAAGGGUAGUUGUGACCCCCAAAAGGGUCACGAUCUGCAGGUUGAGAAACGCUGAUCUCGUGCAUUACACUCAUAUUUAAUAUUGGUUAUUCCUACAUUUCAGUCACAGAUCAGAGUCAACUCUUUAAUGAUUAAUAGGAAAUAUUUAAAUCAGCAUCAUCUUAAAAAUGUUACAGUCAUGAUCACAAAUUGUACUAACUUAAAAUGAAAGUAGUUAAAAAAAAGAUAAUUUUUGUGUGUGGUAUUUAAAUUUUGUCAGCUACAUUUUAGAAAAAAAAAUUAUGUACCGGUACAUGGUAAGAGUUUAUGGAAUAAUGCAUUUUAUAUUAAAUCGAACUUAGAUCUUAAUCUUAGGUUUAAAACUGAUUUUCAUUGUUUUUCUAAGUUUAAUCCAAAGUUUAUUUUACUUUAUUAUGUAUAUGAAUUUCUUAUUCAUGUAAUGCACUAUACACCUUCUUGUGUAGAACUGUUUAAGGAUUGGUCUUCUUGUAGGCUGCCCCUUUGAUUGUAGUUGCAUUGAAAAUAAAAAAAAAAAAAUUGUACAAUUAAAAUUUAACCUUCCCUGUACACUUUACAUCUUUUUUGAUGUUGAAAUUCAUAUUUCAAAAUUGAUUCAAUGCAAUUGAUACUGAGCAUCAUUUUUUAUCAGUGGGCUGAUCUUUCUUUCCUCUUUGGCAUCUUGCCUUAAAAUUAAUAUGUAAAUUAAAAAAUAUGUAUAUGUACAUUUUUCUCCUACCAUAUUUUAAAUGAGAUUUUUUAAAUUUUAAACUUAAAUGUUAUUUUUUCUGCAAGAGUGCAAUCUUUAAAAGAAUGAUUUGUUUGUUUAAAAAAAAAAAAACUAUUUGGAUCAUACAAAACAUGUAAAAAGAAAAAAAUGUAACAUUUAUUUAUACUUUACUGAUUUCAACUUAAUUUAUAAUCUGCUCUGAUGAUUUUUAAAGGCUGUAAUAAUGUUUUAUCUUUAAACUUUACAAAAAGUGUGUCAAAACACUGCAUAAGAGGCCGAGGUACAACAUUUUAGUAAAAUGAGCAGGGCUGACAACGGUUGGGAAUAAUAAACAGUUUUUAAAAAAAAAAAUUGUAAGGGUCCACAUAUGUCCAUAUGAGCAUAUAUGCCUAAAUUGUUAUCUACGUUAUUUACAAUGGCUCAGUUAUGUUUAGAAUUAAUUUCUGGAUCAAUCAAAGUUGUGAUUAUUCAUUGCAAAAUGUAUGUGACUUUCUGUUGAUAAAAGGAUUUGAAACAUGUGUUUAGAAGGCCCUAAUUUAAACUUCUCCACGGAACUUCAAAUAUAUUGUCUUUUUACAUACGCAUAAAUUAAUGCAUCAAAUGCACCAUGAAUUUUGAACCUUCAGUAAUAAUAAGUAUGAUUAUUGUCAAUAUUUUUUUGUUCUUCUUUUUAUUUUUGACAACAGCUGGGAAUUGUUGAAAUGCUCAUUGUUUGUUGUAAUACAUGUCCGUCAUGUUGGAAAGUUGCUUGUUAUAUUAAACUAUUCACUCUGCCAUACCACUUUCUGAAUGAAAAUUUAUUUGUAAUUGUCAUCUUUGGUGUUGCUAAAAGGAGUUUAAUCUAAUGGAUCAUUUUUUAUAAAUUCUGCUAACAAAUAAUGGGCAUUCUGAUUGCAUGUGGCCGUGGCAUAUUUGCUAAUUUGCAAUUUCAUGACAAAGUAAAUUAUUUAAAGAAAUAAUGCUUCACUGUUCAGGUAUUGAAAAAGGUACAGCAUCAAGUUUUAUGUAAGUAGCUAAAAAAAACUAUGUAGUAUUGAAUCAUUUAUUUACCUAAUUUUCAUUUAAAAUUCAUUUAACAUAUAUUCUCAGUUGAUUAUCAUCGAUUGGACACUACUGAUGCGUUAUAUGACCAGAGUAAUAAUAUCUCAUAUAUAUUUAUAUUAAAGAAAAGAGUGAUUUUAGUUUAAUUAUUUAAAUCAUUAAAUAAAACUUUAGUACGGUAUGUCUGCCCCAGUCUUGGAUUACAUGAGGUCACUGUAUUAGUGUAUCUUUUACUUAUGGCAUGACUGCUUGUACAGUG